AUGGAUCAUAUCGCGAACGAUAUCACUAAAGUCAUUAGUAAUGUGUCAAACUAUAUUGUAAUCACAGACAAUCAUUUAGCUCCUCUUUAUCUGCAGAAAUUGCUUAAUACACUCCAAUCACGCCUAUCGCCUCAUCAAAGGCUCUUAUCGAGAGUCUUGCCUUUUGGAGAACAGUCCAAGUCUCGCCAAGCAAAAGCAGAUAUUGAAGACUUUUUACUUGAUGCUUCUUGCACGAGAGACUCAUGCUUUAUUGCUUUAGGUGGCGGGGUCAUAGGUGACCUUGUGGGUUAUGUUGCUUCUACGUUUAUGCGAGGUGUUCCUUUUGUACAAAUACCUACUACUUUGUUAGCUAUGGUUGAUUCAAGCGUGGGUGGGAAAACGGCCAUUGAUACGCCUCAUGGAAAGAACUUGAUCGGUACUUUUUGGCAGCCGAAACGUAUUUACUUGGAUUUGGCUGUGCUUGGAACGCUUCCCAAAAGAGAAUUGGCAAAUGGCAUGGCAGAAGUGAUCAAAACUGCAGCUAUCUCAAGUGAAUCAGAAUUCGUUAAGUUAGAAACAGGAAAAAACAAAAUUGAAAAAGCCAUUGCAAGUUUAGACAAUCCGAACGAUUUUUCACAAGAAAAAGAAUUUUUGGCGAGCGUUGUCUGCGCUUCAGCUCGUUUUAAGGCCAAUGUAGUAACUCAAGAUGAAAGAGAAGGUGGUUUACGAGGUCUUUUGAACUUUGGUCAUUCCAUUGGUCAUGCAUAUGAAGCUAUUCUAGCUCCCAUAUGGUUACAUGGUGAAUGCGUUUCUUUAGGUCUGAUUCAUGAAGCCGAGCUGUCAACUAGUUUAGGUCAUUGUUCUUAUACCGUAGUUGAACGCCUCAAGAAUUGUUUGAGCUUGUAUGGCUUACCUACCUCGUUUGACAAUGAAUGUAAAAAGAAACUUUGUUUUUCUGACGUUAUGAAUGCCAUGAAAGUAGACAAAAAGAACAAGGGUUCUCAAAAGAGAAUUGUAUUGCUUGCUGACAUUGGAAAGACAGUCGAACAAAAGGCUUCAGAUGUUCCUGAUACUGCAAUUGAAGCUAUUUUGGCCAAGUAUGUAUCGUUCAAGCAAACCACAGCUGACGGUUGUCAAGUCGGGGAAGACAAGCUCCAUGCCUCAUUCCAGUUUGUUGCCACUUUUGAGCAUCUCAAGCCAUUUAUUGCUGAAUUAUCCAAAGUGUUAAUCGAAAGAUUUAAUGUGAAGAUAACCACAAGUAAUGAAACAGGCCAUACGAUGUGUGUCACUAGAAUGCCUACAGCCAGUCAAUACAGUAUCCAUUUCACCGACAAAGCUGGUACUUCCUCAGGUGAUUCUGACUCCUACUGGUUUGAAUAUGUCGUUCGUUCCACACAGCAAACGCUCUAUGAGGAUACCAUCAAUUACUUGCAAAAAAUUGCUGGACAAUAUCAAAACCAUAUCUAUGCGACCAGCAAGACUCAAAGUACAUUUGUUACUCUACCUAUAUCAGAUUAUAGUUCCAUUCUCCCUAGCAUCUUACAUCAAUGGACAGAGCAUACUGAUGCUAUUGAAUUCAGGGUAGACCAUCUAGUGCCUCUUGAUAACAAUUGGAUCAAGACAACAGGUAUGCAACUCAUGAUGCUUCGUCAAACAACACAGUUGCCUAUUAUCUAUACUGUACGCACUCAACCUCAAGCAGGCAAGUUUGAUCCUUCUUUGUUAGACCUCUAUCUUGAGCUCAUUCAAUGGGGUCAUCGCUGGGGCUGUGAAUAUGUUGAUGUCGAAUUGACAACACCUUCUUUGAGCCAACUAGAGGCUGUGAUGAAAAUGAAUCAAAACUAUCCAGGGACAAGACUCAUCGCUUCCUUUCACGAUCCAGAUCAUCAGUAUCCUUGGUCUGGCCCAUACAUGAAGUCCAUGUACGGUAUGGCUUUGAGUCUCUUUGAACGUUAUAAGCAUCAAGGCGUCAUUAAACUUGUUGGAUUUGCCCAAACAUUUUAUGACAACAUAGAACUUGAAGUGUUCCGCCAUCAUAUUGAUCCUGAUCAAGAUAAAAGAAUCAUCCUGAUUAAUAUGGGUCCUAAUGGCAAAUUUUCAAGAGUAGCUAACUAUUUCCUUAGUCCUGCUACUCAUCCUGCUUUACCUACGGUUGCUGCACCAGGUCAAUUAUCAGUGGCUGAAUUAUCUCUUGUUCGAAAGCAACUGGCUAUGAAUUUAUUUUAA